GCGCGGUGAUGCUCGUGACGUGGCCGCGUGGCUGCGCGGCUGCGCUCGCUCUCCGGAUGUUUUCACUGCGGGCGGUAGUGAUCCCUUCCACGGUCCUUGACAGCUACCCACCCACCGACCCACACGCACGUACACACACACAGACACACACUCGCGCUCAAAGAGAGAGAGAGAGAGUGAGAGAGAGAGAGACAGAGAGAGAGAGAGAGAGAGAGAGAGAGAGAGAGAGAGAGAGAGCCGGCACCCGGCGGCAGCAUCAUGGCGGAGCACGGCGGAUCUCCGCUCCAGGGACAGGCAGGGCACGGGCAGAGCUCGCAGCCGGCGCCCUGCACCACCAGCUGGCCCAUCAGCAGAGAGGCGUACGAGCUGCAGGAGGCAGCGGGGCCACGGCCGUGGUGCAGGCCGCGCUGUGCAAACCCCGGCAAGAGCGCGUGGCCAUCAAGAGGAUCAACCUGGAGAAGUGUCAGACCAGCAUGGACGAGCUGCUGAAAGAGAUUCAAGCAAUGAGCCAAUGCAAUCACCCCAACAUAGUCACGUAUUACACCUCUUUUGUGGUAAAAGACGAACUUUGGCUGGUGAUGAAACUUCUUAGCGGAGGGUCAAUGCUGGACAUGAUAAAGCACACGAUCAGCCGAGGCGAGCACAAGAGCGGUGUCCUCGAAGAACCCAUCAUAGCGACUAUUUUAAAGGAGGUCUUGGAGGGCUUGGACUACCUGCACAGGAACGGACAGAUUCACAGGGAUGUGAAAGCUGGGAACAUCCUGCUGGGAGAAGAUGGAUCCGUGCAGAUAGCAGAUUUCGGCGUCAGUGCGUUCCUGUCCACCGGUGGUGAUGUCACCAGGAACAAAGUGCGCAAGACUUUUGUGGGGACUCCGUGUUGGAUGGCUCCCGAGGUGAUGGAACAGGUACGAGGCUAUGACUUCAAAGCUGACAUUUGGAGUUUUGGGAUCACAGCUAUUGAGCUGGCCACGGGCUCAGCGCCGUAUCACAGAUACCCACCGAUGAAGGUGCUGAUGCUGACCUUGCAGAACGACCCCCCCACGCUAGAGACGGGAGUGGAGGACAAGGAGAUGGUGAAGAAGUAUGGGAAGUCCUUUAGGAAACUCAUCUCGCUGUGUCUUCAGAAGGACCCCACUAAAAGGCCAACGGCAGCAGAACUUCUCAAGUGUAAAUUUUUCCAGAAGGCCAAGAACAGGGAGUAUCUGAUCGAGAAGCUGCUGCAGAAGGCGCCGAACAUCACCCAGCGAGCCAAGCGGGUGAGGAGGGUCCCGGGUUCGAGCGGGCACCUGCACAAGACCGAGGACGGGGACUGGGAGUGGAGCGAUGACGAGAUGGACGAGAAGAGCGAGGAGGGCAAGGCCGCCGCCACCCAGGGCAGGUCACGGAGGGUCAGAGACCACAGCAAAGAUAAUGAAGUGAACGCCAACAGCGUGCCCAUCGGAGGCCUGUCCAUUCAGCAUCCCCAGGUCCAGCCCUUCGAACACACAGCGCACGGUCAAGGUCAAAGUGCUGUGAACAUGGUCCUGCGGCUAAGGAAUGCAAGGAAGGAGCUGAAUGACAUACGGUUUGAAUUUACUCCAGGUCGAGACACAGCAGACGGCGUCUCCCAGGAGCUCUUCUCCGCAGGACUCGUCCAAGGACACGACGUUGUUAUUGUUGCUGCUAACCUUCAGAAGAUUGUGGACGAUCCAGUUACCUACAAAGUGUUGACCUUUAAGCUGGCUUCAGGAUGCGAUGGUACGGACAUCCCUGAUGAGGUGAAGCUCGUGGGGUUCGCCCAGCUCAGUGUCAGCUGAUGCCCCCUCCUGCUUACCGUGCUCUCACCUGGUCUUACCCGGUUCCCACCUGGUUCAGGCCAGCACAGAGGAGCAGCUGGAGUGUAGCCCACAGACUGAGCACAAAGUGGGAGAUGGGAGAGAAGCACCUUGAACCCCACAAUCCUUCAACAACCACCACCCACCCACCCACCCCGCUUAUUCUGCACAUGACCGGACCAACGCCUGCCUAGCUGUGCACUACGCUGCAGCAGCCUUCUGCUAGCCUCCACAGGCCCAAUACCACAGUAAAGCUGUUGUGCCGCACAGGGCCUUGUGCUGCUCCUUUUACUGCCUCAUCGAGUCCCCCCACCAAGUCCCAGUCAAACCCGGAUACUAAAGAGGAACCUAGAAAAGGUACUCAGGGGGUUGUAUUUGUUUAAAUAGCUUAGGACUUGAUUUGUAACACCUUACCUCUGCUUUCAGCGUAGCUCUCGCCGUUAAUUAUUGAACUGAGGCUGCCGUUUACGUUCCUCACACUGAAAGCGUUUGCUUCUUAGGGAGACUGUGCGAUCAACCGUGAGCGUGACUGGUUUAGACUGUACACCGUGUUCUGAAUGUAAAAAGUGUUGUAUGUAUUUACGUCAACAUAUAUUCACCAUUGCAGUACAGUGAUUGUGGUCAUUAGGUUGAUGCGGCGUACUCUAGAGGUACUCCGAGGAAGGCAACGCAGGCGGCUCAGGGUAAGGGCAACUCGGGCUGCCGCCGAGCGCCGGUCUCUACCUUCCCAGAAAAGAGUGUUAAUGCUUCGCAAAAUGCUGGAGGUGCCUUGUUCCUUAAACGUGCCUGGGAGUGUAAGUAGCAAGCGGUGGAUGGAAGUGCGAAAGGUCAAACCGCGGUGCACUCGCCACGCCACGGCCCUGGCAUUUUUACAUGUAAAUUAUCGCAGGUGCCAUGGGAAAGGAAGAAAAAAAAAAAAAAAAAAAAGAGUUUUUUUCACCCUAGUGACAAAAAAAAUGUUUUAGGCAGAGUAUUUGCACCUGAGAAAGCAGAACUGAACUCUAGGAACUAAUAUAAAUUCUAAUUAGAGUCUGACUUGUUUGCCUCGUCAUCGCGGAUAAGGGCCGGGAGAGGUUGUUUUCCCCUGACACAACGCCACUUCAUCGGGUGCACAGAAACCACAAAUGUCGCUGAUAAGGUCUUGAAAUCCAAGCUUUGUGUUUCGUCUAAUUGCUCAGCCAAAAUGCACAUUGACUCCUGAAAUUAAUUUGUCUCAAACGGAUUGUGUCGCGAUGCAUCUGCAAAUUAAACCAAAUGCCAACUUCUGGAUGGAUGAACGAAGCCUGUCUCCCGACAUGUACGCUAUGAAUUAUUUUCAACUGAUUGAACUGAAGAGUCAUUAACUGUCGUAAAGCCCGUGUUCUGUGUACAGGACCUGUGUAGAGGCACACCCUUUCCGCAUAUUAACCCUGUCCCAUUUCCGUACGCGGCUCAUUAAGAAUGUCUACAGAAGAGCAACAAAUAAAGAA